CUCUUUGUUUUAUCCCAAUUCCUUUCCCUUCUUUUGUCCUUCACCCUCCAUCAACUUCUCUGUCCUCUUCCACCAUUGUUUCAGCUCUCUACCAAUUUCCAAUCAUCAAUGGCUUGCUUAGAGGUUUCCAAAGAGUGUAAGCUGAAAGAGGAACAAGAAUCAUCAACUCUUGAUGGAACUGUUGACAUGCAUGGCCGUCCCGCAAUCCGAGAAAAAACUGGCCAGUGGGCUGCCGGAACUGUGAUACUUUUAAACCAAGGUCUGGCUACUCUGGCUUUCUUUGGAGUUGGAGUGAACCUGGUACUGUUCCUGACACGGGUCUUGCAACAGAGCAAUGCCGAUGCUGCUAACAACGUUAGCAAAUGGACCGGAACUGUCUACAUCUUCUCUCUCGUGGGCGCUUUCCUCAGUGACUCGUACUGGGGAAGAUACAAAACUUGUGCCAUCUUUCAAGUCAUCUUCGUAAUAGGGUUGGUAGCAUUAUCUAUAGCAUCUCACUUCUUGAUCAAUACUAGAGGUUGUGGCACUCGAACAACUGAAUGUGGGUCACAUUCAAGCUGGGAGAUUUGGUUGUUCUAUCUCUCAAUCUACUUGAUUGCUCUAGGAAAUGGAGGGUACCAGCCUAAUAUUGCUACAUUUGGAGCUGACCAGUUUGAUGAAGAGGACCAUAAGGAGGGAAGGUCAAAGGUUGCCUUUUUCAGCUACUUCUACCUGGCUUUGAACCUCGGCUCUCUCUUCUCCAACACCAUAUUAGGCUACUUUGAGGAUGAAGGGAUCUGGGCAGUAGGGUUUUGGGCGUCAACGGCAUCUGCCUUUGCAGCACUAGUCUUGUUUCUUGGUGGAACGCCAAAGUACAGGCAUUUCAAGCCGAGUGGCAACCCACUUUCCAGGUUUUGCCAAGUGAUGGUCGCUGCAGCAAAGAAAUGGAGGGUUGAGAUGCAACCAGGCGAAGAGAAUCUUUAUGUAGCCAACGAAAAGGAGAGUUCCAUGUAUGGUGCUAGAAAGAUACUUUAUACCCAUGGGUUCAAAUUCCUGGAUCGAGCGGCAUUUAUUACAUCAAGGGAAUUCACAGACCAGAAGCAGGGCCCUCAUAACCCGUGGCGUCUCUGCCCUAUUUCACAAGUUGAAGAGGUGAAAUGCAUAUUGAGACUACUACCAAUUUGGCUAUGCACUAUAAUUUACUCAGUUGUCUUUACCCAAAUGGCAUCACUGUUCGUCGAGCAAGGUGCAGCCAUGAAAAGUAAAAUUUCAGACUUCCUAAUUCCACCAGCAAGCAUGUCUAGCUUCGACAUCCUCAGUGUAGCAUUUUUCAUUUUCCUUUACCGGCGAGUACUCGAUCCACUGGUAAGCAAAAUAAAGUCUAAAGGGCUUACCGAGCUUCAAAGGAUGGGAAUCGGACUCGUUAUAGCAAUAAUAGCAAUGCUUUCGGCCGGAAUUGUGGAGUGCUACAGACUCAAGUAUGCUCAAAAAGAUUGCUUACAUUGUGAAGGUUCAAGCUCAUUGAGCAUCUUCUGGCAAGUGCCUCAGUAUGUCCUGAUUGGAGCUUCUGAAGUUUUCAUGUACGUCGGCCAACUGGAGUUCUUCAAUGCACAAGCACCUGACGGACUGAAGAGCUUUGGAAGUGCACUUUGCAUGACAUCAAUUUCGCUCGGGAACUAUGUGAGUAGCUUGCUCGUGAGCAUGGUUAUGAAAAUCUCAACCAUAGACAACAUGUCGGGAUGGAUACCAGGAAAUCUGAACAGGGGACACCUAGAUAGAUUUUACUUCCUCUUGGCCAGUUUGACUACUUUAGAUUUAGUUGUCUACAUUGCUUGUGCUAGGUGGUACAAGAAUAUCAAGCUUGAAGGGAAACAAGGAGAAAACUAUGAGAAAGGCGAGUUGCGCGUUUGAUGUGUGACAUCAAACAUGGAACAUGUACCAGCUUACAGUGCCAGAUAAUAAAUAAGAGGGGGGAUGAGUCUGCUACAAAGGCUUUGUUCAGACCCUGUUUGAAGAAAGUAGGUGUUUGUGUGAGAGUAAGAGGAACGCUUUUUCUGUUGAACUCUUAAACUUUUCUAUAACCAAUUCAACAACACCUGGUCCACUAAAUAGUCUAUGAUAGUUGUAUGGAUAGGUGGGUUUUGAUCUAAGGUUCAUUGAGAUAUUCCUAUUGUUGGUUCUAUUGCUAGCUAUAGGAUUAACAUGUUCUUGUCGGGUGUUCAAAUGUAAAUGAGUCAGCUCUCACUGUUGUCUCUGGCCAAUUCAUGUACUUUUGAGAGCUGCAUACCAAAAGGCAAUAAAGCUACCUCUUUCCUA